AUGGCUGAUGCGCCGCCUGACCCACAGUUGACCGUUGCAGAGCUGGAGGCUGCCCUGAACGAGCUUGCAGCCAUGCUCAUGCUGUCCAGGCAGGACGCGGUGCGACAGGAGCUGCAGAAGAUGCAGGCGAGGUUUGAGUCGGAGCUUGCGCUCGCCAAGGCCCCUGCUCCCACACCAGCAGUGGACGCGGCGCCGCCGCUCGCAACCGCCCCUGCAGAGACGAAGGCUCCGGCUGACCCGGCCGCGAAAGAUGCGACGGGCGCGAAGGACGCGAGGGACGCGAAGGACGCGAAGGACACGACGGGCGCCACGGCCGUGGGUCCCUGGACGGAGAUCACCGUGUUCUCAUUGGACUUGGGAGACGGCGACAAGCCCUUCGUCACCGUCGACGUGAGGUUGCGUGGGGUCGAGGCCCUGCCGUCGAAGGCCAUCAGCUGGUACGACGUGUGGCUGGACCUGUGUGGACAGGGCCGGCGCAAGCCGGUCGAUGACGAGGAGCCUAAGGAGAAGAAGCAGGAUGGCAUCCUGGAUAUGAUGAAGGACCUAGAGCAAGAGCUGUACGAGGUCGGUGACGACACGACCAAGAUGAUCAUCGAGCAGGGCAUGCACAAAGCGAGCCAGGACAAGGAUGAGGCGCAGGCGACGGUCCCCGAUGUGUCCCAGGCUGGCGCUUCGGAGGCGACUGCGGAGAAGACGGAGAAGCUGGAGAAGGCGGCGCCGGAGAAGGCCGCGCCGCGGCCCAACCCGACAGGGAAGAAAGAAGGCACACAGGCGAAGCACGCAGCCUGCACGGAUGCCGAGACAGGGCUGUCCACGGCUCAGAUCGUGAACGCGAACGACCACGUGCACGCGCACGCGCAGGGACCCGAGCAUGGCCAGAGCAUCUCUGGCACCUUGGAAGGCAUGAGCGAGUCGCUGGAAGAGAAGGACAAGCUGCCAGUCACGCUGCUAAGCGGCUUCCUCGGUGCUGGGAAGACCACGUUGCUCACCCACGUGCUGAAUAAUCGUGAGGGCAUGCGCGUGGCAGUGCUUGUCAACGACAUGGCCUCGGUGAACAUCGACGCGGAUCUUGUGAAGGAUGGCGUGCAACUUCAGGAGAACAAGGACAAGAUGGUGGAGCUUCACAAUGGCUGCAUCUGCUGCACCCUCCGCGAAGACCUGAUUGAAAGCGUCAAGGACCUGGCGCUGGAGCGGCGCUUCGAGCACCUGGAGAGCACCGGGAUCUCGGAGCCCAUGCCCGUGGCCGCGACCUUCGCGGCCGCGGACGCCCAGGGGCGCCCCCUGCUGGGAGGGGUCGCGCGCCUGGACACGCUGGUGACCGUUGUGGACUGCAAGAACUUUUUGAAGGAUUACUGCUCUGCAGACAAGCUGGUCACCAGGAAAGAGCUGGGGGCGGAGGAAGGGGACAAGAGGUCCAUCGUCGACUUGCUGGUGGACCAGGCGGAGUUCGCCAACGUGAUCAUCCUCAACAAGACGGACCUCGUCACCUCCACUGAGCUGGCCCGUUUGAGGGGCAUCCUGAAGCAGCUGAACCCCAAGGCCAAGAUCAUCGAGUCCGAGUACGGGAAGGUGAGCCCCACAAUGCUCCUGAACACCGCCAGCUUCGACAUGAAGUCCGCGAGCAUGGCGGCCGGGUGGGCCCAGGAGCUCAUGGGCAUCCAUCACAAGCCGGAGACCGAGGAGUACGGCAUCUCCAGCUUCGUCUACCGCGCCGACCGGCCCUUCCACCCCGAGCGCCUCACCGAGAUGCUCGGGACUUUCUCCUUCCCCGGUGUGCUGCGCGCCAAGGGCUUCGCGUGGUCCGCCGGCAACCCCGACAACGCUGUGGAGUGGAGCUCGGCGGGCCUCUCCGCCGAGCUGAAGCCAGGCCCCCGGUGGCUGUGUAUCACGACGCCUCCCGACCAGUGGCCCCCAAGGGCCCAGCAGUAUAAGAAGAGCCCUUUCGGGGACCGGCGCACCGAGGUCGUCUUCAUCGGCGCCGACAUGGUCGAGACCCAGGUCCGGUCGGCGCUCGACGGGGCGCUGCUCACGCCCCUGGAGUUCGGGAAGCAUUUCGGGAGCGCGCGGAAGUGA